CCGGGGCGGCGCUGACGGGGCCGGGAGUUGCCGAAGGGAGCGUAGGAGGGAGGCCCUGCCGCGCGGCUCGGGGAGGAGGCGGAGAAGACGGCCGGACGGGGCGGGGCGCCCACUGCUUCCCGGCCGCAGCCAUGGCCGACGAGACCCCCAGGAAGGGCAACUUCUCGGCGCUCGUGGGGCACACCAAUGGCCUCACCAAGCCAGCGUCCCUGGCCGCGGCCGCCGUCUCCUCCAAGCCAGGGGGCGGCGGCGGCUCCAAGAAACUUGUGAUCAAGAAUUUCCGAGACAGACCCAAGUUGCCUGAUAACUACACUCAGGACACCUGGCAGAAGCUUCAUGAGGCAGUGAAAGCCAUACAAGGUAGUACCUCCAUCAGAUACAACCUGGAAGAGCUCUACCAGGCUGUUGAAAACCUCUGUUCUCAUAAAGUUUCCCCAACGCUUUACAAGCAGCUCCGCCAGGUCUGUGAAGAUCAUGUCCAAGCACAAAUUCUUCAGUUUAGAGAAGACUCACUAGAUAGUGUUUUGUUUUUAAAGAAGAUUAACACAUGCUGGCAAGAUCACUGCAGACAAAUGAUCAUGAUCAGAAGUAUUUUCCUAUUUUUGGAUCGCACUUACGUACUUCAGAAUUCCAUGCUUCCUUCCAUCUGGGAUAUGGGAUUAGAACUAUUUAGAAACCAUAUUAUUAGUGAUAAAAUGGUUCAGAGUAAAACUAUUGAUGGAAUUCUGCUAUUGAUUGAACAAGAAAGAAAUGGUGAAGCUGUUGACCGAAGCUUAUUGCGAAGUCUGCUGAGUAUGCUCUCUGAUCUUCAGGUAUAUAAAGAUUCAUUUGAACUGAAAUUUUUGGAAGAAACUAAUUGUUUAUAUGCUGCAGAAGGCCAAAGGUUAAUGCAAGAAAGAGAGGUUCCAGAAUAUCUUAACCAUGUAAGUAAACGUUUAGAGGAAGAAGGAGACCGAGUAAUCACGUAUUUAGACCACAGUACACAAAAACCACUGAUUGCUUGUGUGGAGAAACAGCUAUUAGGAGAACAUUUAACGGCAAUUCUGCAGAAAGGACUUGAUCACUUACUUGAUGAGAACAGAGUGCCUGACCUCACUCAGAUGUACCAGCUGUUUAGCCGAGUGAAGGGUGGGCAGCAGAUCCUGCUUCAGCACUGGAGCGAGUACAUCAAGACUUUUGGGACAACGAUUGUUAUCAAUCCUGAAAAAGAUAAAGAUAUGAAAUUAAAAUUUUUUUUCUAUUUAGAAAAAAUAGAACAUAUAACAAAUGAUUAUUUUUCAAAUAAUUUGAAAUGAUUUUUUCAAAUUAUAUAACAAAUGAUUAUUUUUCAAAUAAUUUGAACUCUUAAUUUUACAGCAAAACAUGUUGAUUCAAAAUUGAGAGCGGGUAAUAAAGAAGCAACAGAUGAAGAGCUGGAGAGGAUCCUUGACAAAAUCAUGAUAAUAUUCAGGUUUAUUCAUGGUAAAGAUGUCUUUGAAGCAUUUUAUAAAAAAGAUUUGGCAAAAAGACUCCUUGUGGGAAAAAGUGCCUCAGUCGAUGCUGAAAAAUCUAUGUUGUCAAAACUAAAGCAUGAAUGUGGUGCUGCUUUCACCAGCAAACUGGAAGGCAUGUUCAAGGACAUGGAGCUCUCCAAGGACAUCAUGAUUCAUUUCAAGCAGUAUAUGCAGAAUCAGAGUGACCCAGGCUCUAUAGAUCUAACAGUAAAUAUACUUACUAUGGGAUACUGGCCAACAUAUACACCUAUGGAAGUACAUUUAACUCCAGAAAUGAUUAAACUUCAGGAAGUAUUUAAGACAUUUUAUCUCGGAAAGCACAGUGGUCGAAAACUUCAAUGGCAAACUACAUUGGGACAUGCUGUUUUAAAAGCAGAGUUUAAGGAAGGAAAGAAAGAGUUUCAGGUAUCCCUCUUCCAGACUCUGGUGCUUCUCAUGUUCAAUGAAGGGGACGGAUUCAGCUUUGAAGACAUAAAAAUGGCCACUGGGAUAGAGGACAGUGAAUUGCGGAGAACAUUACAGUCACUGGCCUGUGGCAAAGCACGAGUUCUGAUUAAAAGUCCCAAAGGAAAGGAGGUAGAAGAUGGAGACAAAUUCAUUUUUAACGGAGAUUUCAAACACAAGUUAUUUCGAAUAAAGAUCAAUCAAAUUCAGAUGAAGGAAACCGUUGAAGAACAAGUCAGCACCACUGAGCGAGUGUUUCAGGAUAGACAGUAUCAGAUUGAUGCUGCCAUCGUCAGAAUAAUGAAGAUGAGAAAGACUCUGGGUCAUAAUCUCCUAGUGUCUGAAUUGUAUAACCAGCUGAAAUUUCCAGUAAAGCCUGGAGAUUUGAAAAAGAGAAUUGAAUCUCUUAUAGACAGAGACUAUAUGGAGAGAGAUAAAGACAAUCCAAAUCAGUACCAUUACGUGGCCUGAUGCAUCGGCCAGCUGUUUUCUCUCAGUGAGACACUGGAAUGUAUCUCCAGAGCAGUGAAACACCUCUGUGCUGUUUCCAGGGCUUUCUGGGAUUGAGCCAGCACAGAUACUUUGGAUUCGAAGGAAAGGAGAUGAUUCUUGAAUAACCCUUCACAAGGCUUAAGGAUUUGCAAAUGGCAUAUAUAUCUUUUCACCCUCCAGUUCUUCCUCUUGUUCUUUUAGGCAUUUAAGUUGUUUCCAUUGCUCUGUGCAGAAUGACAUUGGGAUUGGACAAGAAGAUACUGGUUAAAUGAGGUUCCUUUGUAAGGUGGUGUUCUUGUGGCAAAAAAACUGAAAGUUUGGUUUGUUUUUGUGUGUGAUCAUGAAUGCACAAUAAAAAGACCCUCUAUGCUGCAUUCUUUAGCUACAGAGAUUACUUAGGUAUUCCUGAAGAUAAGCUAUUUUAGUUGAUGAACACUUAGAUUAAAACAAGAACCCUUAAUUGGUGAACAUUAAGAAGAAAGUCAGUUUUAAAAACUGGCUUAUUAAUUAUGCAAUCUAAAUACUGGCAUCUGUUUUUCAUUUAUUUUUAAAAAGUUUUAAACUUUAAUGACUGAUUUUUCUAUAAUGAGGUUUCUCGGUGAGAUCUCUGAUGUGCCAAGAGGACAUCGGGUCUGAUGUGUUUGGAGCAAUGAACCCAUCAGCGUCUUUAUUUCCACUGAAUUAUUUGUGAAUUUUCUGUUUAAGGUUUUGGGGGGAGAGUGUGUUUGUGUUUACCAUUCUAAGAUUGAGUCUAGCAGUCCCUGUAUUUUGCAUUGGGGUAACUGCUGUUUGAUUUUUUUUAAUUGCAGUAUUUGUAUGAAUGAUAUAAUAAAGUUUGGUUUUGUUCUUACAGUCACGCACAGGGACAGUCGUCAUUCUCUGUGCCAUAACCACUGUAAAAUGUUUUAUAGGAGACUUAAAGUCUUUAUUGUGAAGCAGAGGUUAUUUUGUCAAAAGAUUAAAAGGAUUUCAUUGGCA